UUACACUAGCUUAGAAUCCAGGCAGCCAAAUUGCUCCGGGCAGCGGUUAUCCAAUGGCUCCUGUGGUUUUAACCCGUUUCCUUCCUCUCUGUGUGUGUCUGCUGCUGUCCCCUGGUUUUGCCGAGGCAGGCAAGCUGCUGGUAGUACCCAUGGAUGGGAGCCACUGGUUUACCAUGCAUUUGGUUGUGGAGAAACUCAUCCACAGAGGACAUGAGGUGGUCUUGGUCACGCCAGAGGUGAGUUGGCAACUGACAAAUUCAUUAAAUAUGACAGUGAAGACUUAUUCCACCACGUACACUCUGGAGGAUUUGAAUCGUGAGUUCCAGAUCUUCUCUGAUUUCCAGUGGAAAGCCUGGCAAAUGAGUAUGUUUUCUAUGUUAAUGAGUGCGCCCACCAAAUUUUUUGACUACAUAUUUUCACAUUGUGGGAGUCUGUUUAAUGACACCAAGCUGGUCAAAUACAUAGAAGAGAGUUCCUUCGAUGCCGUAUUUCUAGAUCCUUUUGAUAUGUGUGGCUUAAUUGUAGCCAAGUAUUUUUCCCUCCCGGCUGUGGUCUUCACCAGGGGACCAUUUUGCCAUCAUCUGGAAGAGGGCACUCAGUGUCCCAUGCCUCUUUCUUACGUUCCAAGACAACUCUCCGCGUUCUCGGAUGUCAUGACUUUUGGGGAGCGAUUGCGGAAUCACAUCUGGCACUUGGAGGAACGUUUGUUCUGCCACUAUUUUGUAAAGAGAGCUUUAGAAAUUGCCUCUGAGAUUUUCCAGACGAAGGUCACAGCCUACGACCUCUUUAGCCAACCAUCAGUUUGGUUGCUGCGGACUGACUUUGUCUUGGACUAUCCCAAGCCCGUGAUGCCCAACAUGAUCUUCAUCGGAGGCAUCAACUGCCACGAGGGAAAGCCAUUGCCAAAGGUACGUUACUCUCCCGCCGCCUAUUAAGAACAAUCUGGGAGUUUCCGUCUUGGCGCAGCAGAAACGAAUCCUGCUAGGAACCAUGCGGUCGCGGGUUGGAUCCCCGGCCUCGCUCAGUGGGUUCAGGACCCGGCAUUGCUGUGAGCUGUGGUGCAGGUCACAGAUGCGGCUCGGAUCAGGUGUUGCUGUGGCUCUGGCGUAGGCUGGCAGCUACAGCUCCUAUUCCACCCCUAGCCUGGGAACCUCCAGAGGCCGUGGGCCUAAAAAGCAAAAAAAAAAAAAAAAAAAA